AUGGGAAACCAAGAAGCAAAACAACAAGUAGAAAUAUUAAAAUUACCAGUUAUAGAUUCAUAUAAUUUUCCAUUAAUAAAUUAUUUAGAAAAAGCAUAUGAAUUUAUUGACUCACAAAUAACACAACAUCAUCCAGUAUUAGUUCAUUGUGAUUUUGGUAUAUCACGAUCUGCUUCUGUGGUUAUUGCUUAUUUAAUUAGAAAAUAUCAAAUGUCUUUAAAAGCCGCUUUUCAAUAUGUCUCUGAUAGAAGACAUAUUGUUUGUCCAAAUCCCGCAUUUAUUAUGCAAUUGUAUGAAUGGCAAAGAAAAUAUCAUUCAUGUGUUGGAAAUGAUGUUGAUGCAUUAUAUAUUAAACAGUUACUUUCAGUGUCUUCAUUAUUAUAUAGAGAUAUUCCUUCUAAGUCAUUAUGGAAUGCUUUUGUUGACUCAAAGUUUGAUUUUGCUGAUGCAUUAAAGUCAUUAAGAAAACACUUAGCAUCAAGAGACUUAUCAAUGGAAUUUUGA